AGUACCACAACCGCUGGGCACGUGACCACGGACCGGGUGCACGUCAACAGAGCGGACAAUGAGAACGUGAACGGAGCCGAGCAACGGAAUGCGCAUUACCGGAUAGACUGAGCGUAAGCAAAACUCAUCCGUGCAAACGUAGCACCAAUGGCUACCACUAUCUCUACCACACCCAACGACUCAUCUGUGCAACUAACGUAGCACCAAUAACUACCACUACUUCUACCACACCCAAUGACUGCCUACCCGAUUAAUUAAUUCCAACUUCGGAGCACGAAGUCCGUUCGGUCGACAGUCACGUGCCCAAAAUUUCGGCACACUUUAAAACCCAUGAGACGUAAACAUGUAUGCUAAGGAAGGAAACGCGAGUAGGUUGCGCUGGCAUGAAAUGCUGAGAGUUGAAUGUGUUUAAGGGCCUAGCUCAUGACAGGCCGUUUUCGCCAUCUAUUGUAACACUACAUGCAUCGAGCACCUGUACCUGUGCAACUAGCGGCGGAUAAGAAGCCAGACAUGAUUCUAGACAAGAAUCACCCUGCGCUCCGAGCUCGAAAAAUCAACAUUCGAACGAAAUAGCGAAAACGAAGAUAAAAUGACAUGCUCAUCAUCCCAGCAAGGUGACAUCAUAUCCGUGUGCCCGUACGGCGAGGUGCGGUUCAAAUGCGAUGCACCCCGGUCGAGAGCUCCUUUCACCAUCACCAACACGCACAGAUGCCCCGUGGCGUUCAAGAUCAAGACAACGUCGCCGGAGAAGUUCCGCGUGCGCCCCAGCUGCGGCGUGAUCGCCUGCGGCUGCUCCAUCACCGUGGAAGUGGUGCUGUGCGAGGGCGUCUCACCACGCCAAGUGCUUUGCGACAAGUUCCUUGUGGUCGCCACGCCCGUGCAGCGGGAGAACAUUUGCGCCAAGGAGCUCUAUCGCCUCUGGAAGUGUGUUCCUCAGGAGCAGCGGUACGAGCACCGCCUGCGUUGCGUGCUGGAGGCGACUCCGCCCAGAGAUUGCGGCCCGCCGCCCGCCUCCGGCCUUCCGCUGCGCUGUCUCGCCGACAAGCUGGAGUGCCUCAUGGAUCGGGUGUGCGCGCGCCAGCGGCUGGUGGAGCGGGCGGCGCGACUGCAGGAGCAGAACCAGCGGCUCAUCACCAUGUGCUUGUACAUCCUAGCGGCGCUGGCCGUGGCCAACGCAGCGCUGCUGCUGACCGCGUACCGCGCCUUCAGCGGCUACGGCGGCGGCCUGGUGUUCGGCCUCAUCCGCCGCGCCAGUCCAAGCUGUGGCGUCCUCUGGAGCUGGCUUAUCUGA